CAGGAUGACUGCCCUGUGGACUCUCCCUCUGCUGCUCUCCGCCUCGGUGUUGGGAUGUCGGGCCCUGACCCCUCUAGAUGAGCCCCCCCAGCCCCACAACCUGCCCCCGUCGCUGGGCUUCAACAACAGCGAUGGCAGCCUGUCCGUGGACCUGCCCAUGGUUCUGAGGGUGUUCAGCGUAGACUACCACCAUGUGCAAGCUCCCUUUGAGAUCGUGUUGUGGAUCAUGCUGGCUUCGCUGGCCAAACUGGGGUUCCACUGGUCAGGUCGAGUUCCAGCAGUCGUCCCAGAGAGCUGUGUCCUCAUCAUGGUGGGCCUUCUGGUCGGGGGGGUGAUCUAUGGCGUCCGUCACUCUGCUCCUCCGACUCUCAGCGCAGACGCUUUCUUCCUCUUUCUUCUGCCGCCCAUCGUCUUGGAUGCAGGAUACUUCCUGCCGGGGAAGCUGUUCUUUGAAAACCUCGGUACCAUUCUCUGGUACGCGGUGCUAGGAACCUUAUGGAACGUGCUGGGCAUCGGCUUGUCUCUGUACGGCGUCUGCCUGCUGGCUCAGAGCUCUCUAGGUGACGUCUCUCUGCUCCACUGCCUGCUCUUUGGCUCUCUGAUCGCUGCCGUCGACCCUGUGGCCGUGCUCUCCGUCUUCCAGGAGAUGCACGUCAACGAUCAGCUGCAUAUCCUGGUGUUCGGAGAGUCGCUGCUCAAUGAUGCCGUCACUGUGGUGCUAUACAAGCUGUUUGAGUCCUUCCUCCGCCUGCCUUCAGUGUCAGGGCUGGAUGUGUUGCUGGGUGGGUGCAGAGUGGUGGUGGUGGGUCUGGGAGGCCUGUUUGUAGGCCUUUUCUUUGGCUUGCUGGCAGCCCUCACCUCACGGUUCACGUCCAGAGCCCAAGUCAUCGCCCCGCUCUUUGUCUUCCUCUAUUCCUACUUAUCUUACCUGACGUCAGAGAUGCUUCACCUCUCUGGUAUCAUGGCCAUUGUGACGUGCGCCGUGACCAUGAAGCAGUACGUGGAAGCUAACGUGUCUGAGCGCAGCAACACCAGCAUCCAGUACUUCCUGAAGAUGUGGAGCAGCGUGAGCGAAACUUUAAUCUUCGUCUUCCUGGGCGUGUCCACGAUACAGGAUGUCCAUAUGUGGAGCUGGCCUUUUGUCUGCGCCACACUGCUGCUCUGUCUCAUCUGGAGGGCCACAGGCGUUCUCCUGCUCACUGCUGUGGUGAACAAGCUCCGGAGGAACGCUGUGACCUUCAGAGAUCAGUUCAUCAUUGCCUACGGUGGCCUGAGAGGAGCAAUCUGUUUCUCCCUGGUUUUUCUGAUCGACGACUUCCCAAAGAAAAGGCUCUUCAUCACAACCACCAUUGUGGUGAUUCUCUUCACAGUCUUUGUACAGGGGAUGACCAUAAAGCCUCUCGUAGAGCUGCUGGACGUGAAGAGGAAGAAGAGAGCUCUGCCUACUGUCAGCGAGGAGAUCCACAGCAGGCUCAUAGAUCACCUGCUAGCGGGAAUAGAGGAUGUGGUUGGCUACUGGGGUCAGCACUACUGGAAGGACAAGUUUGAACAGUUCAACAAGAAGUACCUUCGUCGUUUCCUGAUUCGUGAGGAACGCCAGGCUCGCUCCAGCAUCCUCCGAGUUUAUCAGGAGCUGGAGAGAAGGGAUCAAAGAGGACAAGACGAAGCACAGACAGUAGUCGACCCUCGCUCCCACAGUCGCCCCCUCCUGCCAGAGGAAAUGGACAGCAUCCGGCGCAUCCUCUCCAGAAACCUUCAAAGCUUCAACAACAAGCAGACACCAGCCUACAGCAGACACACCCUGCACCAGGACACUGGCAUCGAGAGAGCAAGGAAGCCCCUUCACAGGCACCAGAGUCUGGGAGAGAGAACCACAUAUAACACAAUUACACACUGGCCGCAGGAUGGAGAUUUCAGAGAGGCGUACAGAAUGAGAGCAGGGCUCAGUAGAUCUCUUACAGUGUGCUCCAUAAGCCCGAGACCAAUGCUGCAACAAUCUUCAGCGUCAGCCGCCUCAUCCCAGACGGGACCAGAGAAUACAAAAGCUGCUACAGAGGACCAGACCUCUCCAGAGCACCAAGGAUCCGAGGAGAGAGGCCCCAAGAAGCAACUCAGCUUUGUUUUGGAGAACGAGAUGAAGCAAUGAAGAUGGACUAGGACAAGAAAGAAAAAAAAAAACAAAA